GUUGUUUGUUGUGCCUUUUUCCUCCUUCCUUCCUUCCCGCACCUUGUUUCUCGCUGCAUAUCCAACCCCUCAACAAUCAACCCACAAGCACGCACGCACACGCACGCAAGGAUGAGCUCCACCACGGUGAAGAAGACAACCGCGGCGCAGCCAAACGGCGACGUCAAGGUGAAGGUGGCUCCCACCUCCACCCAGCCGCCCAAGGCCGACAAGAUCGCAGAUCCCCGCGCGCCAAAGCUGCCGCCGUUCCAGUUUGAUGCGUCCCUCAAGACCAACCCGGACGAUGUCGCUCCCACUGGCACCAAGCCGCCCGUCAGCGUUGCGGAGGUGUUUGAGACGCUGGCGUACGGCCCUGCGCCAGAGAGCCCUGCCGUUGCCAACGCGUGGCUCGACGACCACGGCCGUGACUUUGGCCACUUUGUCAACAACAAGUGGUACAAGCGGGACGGCCGCUCCAAGUACGAGUGCCGCUGCCCCGCCCGCGACGAGUUUCUCGCCCACACCGCCGAGGGUGACGACGAGGACGUCGACGUCGCCAUGAAGGCUGCCCACGAAGCCCACAAGACAUGGAGCAAGCUGCCAGGCCACGUUCGCGCCCGCUACAUCUACAGCAUUGCCCGCCACGUGCAGAAGCAUAUUCGUCUCCUUGCAGUGGUUGAGUCGCUGGACAACGGAAAGCCCAUCCGCGAGACGCGUGAUGCCGACAUGGCCGUUGUCGCCCGCUGGCUCUACCACUACGCCGGAUGGGCCCAGGUGCUUGACCGCGAGAUGCCCGAGAUGACCUCUGUUGGUGUCGUCGCCGGCAUUGUUGCGUGGAACUUCCCCCUCAUGCUUCUCGUCUGGAAGGUUGCGCCGGCGCUUGCAGCAGGCAACACCAUUGUGAUGAAGCCAGCAGACUACACGCCGCUCUCUGCGCUGCUGUUUGCGGAGAUUUGUGCAGAGGCCGGCCUGCCUCCAGGUGUCUUCAACGUCGUCACGGGCGCAGGUGCCACCGGUGCCAAGGUUGCCGCUCACCCGCUCGUUGACAAGCUCGCGUUUACGGGCUCGACCGGAGUUGGCCGCAUCCUCCGCCGCGUCACCGCAGGCACUGGCAAGAAGCUGUCGCUUGAGCUUGGCGGCAAGUCGCCUGUGAUUGUGUUUGACGACGCGGACCUUGACGGAACCAUCGAGGGCGUCAUUGACGCAAUCUUCUUCAACCAAGGACAGGUCUGCAGCGCCGGCUCUCGCCUCCUCAUCCAGGAACCCGUCUUUGACAAAUUUGUCGCAAAGCUGAAGGAGCGCAUGACGCACCUGCGCGUGGGCGACUGCCUCGACAAGUGCGUUGACAUUGGCGCCAUUGUCGACGACAAGCAGCGCAAGACGAUUGACGGCUAUGUGCAGAUGGCGCGUGACGAAGGGUGCGACGUGUACCAGGCGUGCUCGUGCAUCCCAGACAAGGGCUGCUACUACCCGCCAACGCUCAUCACCAACGUCGACACGUCGUCCGUGUGUGUGCAAGAGGAGAUCUUCGGCCCUGUUGUGACUGCUCAGGCAUUCCGCACAGCUAAGGAGGCCGUUGCACUCGCCAACAACACCACGUACGGUCUUGGUGCAAGCGUGUGGUCGGAGAACCUCAGCAAGGCCCUCGAGCUUUCGCUGAUGAUCAAGGCGGGCACCGUGUGGAUCAACGCCCACAACCUCUUUGACGCAGCAGCCGGCUUUGGCGGGUACCGUGAGAGCGGGUUUGGGCGCGACGGCGGCAAGGAGGGCCUGUACGAGUACACCAAGCCAAAGCACCUCAAGCUCACCAAGCGCGACGCAGACAAGAUUGACAUCUCAUCCUUUGGCAAGGUGACACCCCACCGUCCGUCGCUCGACGAUGAGCGGGCCGAGGUCGCCACCCUUGGGCCGCACGCGGCGGACGUCCCAUCGGUUGAUCGGACGUACAAGAUGUACUAUGGCGGUGCGCAGAAGCGGCCCGAUGCGCCGUACGCCCGCCCCAUCCGCAACGCUGCCGGCAAGGUCAUUGCCCACGUGGGCGAGGGCAACCGCAAGGACGUGCGUAACGCCGUGGAGGCCGCACACAAGGCCUUCCCCGGCUGGGGCAAGCGCGCUGCACACAACCGCGCCCAGAUUGUCUACUACAUGGCGGAGAACCUUGAGGUGCGUCGUGUUGAGGUUGCGACGCGGCUGGCGAGCACGACCGGGGUGAGCCAGGAGGAUGCGCUGAAGGAGGUCGACGCAGCCAUCGACCGCCUCUUCUACUGGGGCGCAUACGCCGACAAGUACGGCGGCGCCGUCCAGGAGACGACGCUGUACGGCGCGACGGUGAAGAUCCACGAGCCCGUUGGCCCGCUCGCCAUCCUGUGCCCUGACGAGAACCCGCUGCUGAGCUUCGUGUCGCUGUUUGCGCCCGCCAUUGUUCGCGGCAACACGGUUCUCAUCGUCCCCUCGGAGAAGUACCCGCUCUCCGCGCUCGACUUUUACCAGGUGUUUGACACGUCCGACCUGCCUGGUGGUGUUGUGAACAUCCUGACUGGCGAGCGGGACCACCUUGCCAAGUACAUGGCCGAGCACCAGAACCUCGAGGCCGUCUGGUACUUUGGCUCCGUCGAGGGAUCAAAGUUUGUCGAGUACACUGCUGCUGAGAACAUCAAGCGCACGUGGGUCAACUACGGCCAGUCGCGCGACUGGUUCGACCCCAUCCAGGGUGCUGGGGAGGAGUUCUUCUACCAGGCCGUGGAGGUGAAGAACAUCUGGAUGCCCAUGGGAACCAUCUUUGCCAACUGAUGCAAGCACAAAUUGCAACGCACAAACAAACUGGACGACGACGAUGACACCCUUUCUCUUCCCUUUUUCCCUGUUUUGCCCCUUGCAUCGUUGACCUAACAAGAAGGGCCUGCACUUACACUGCUGCGUCCCCUCUGCACCCGUUUCCUACGUGCUGACGUGGUCCCACUUUCCCUCCAAUCAAAGCAGUAGUACACCACAACCGCCAA